ACCUCUAAUUUAUAAUUUAUCUCAACAAAAGAACCACAGCCGCCCACCCCGAAAUCCCAUUCUCGAUUAUUCAGUUCCAGUCCAGCCGCUCGACCUCCAGCAUUUCCCUCAUCGCCGUUCCCCGCCCCCAGCCAUCCUCUCCUGGCUCUUAUCGCCGUCCUCUCUCCAGCCGUUCCUCGACGUGCUCGACUCCAGCGCCGUCCUCAUCUCAAGCCGUUCCUCGGCCGUCUGUUAUUCUCCUUCAAGUCCAGGUUUGAUCUGUUAGUAAGCUUAGGUAUAUAUUGUGACAGAGAAUGGAUCUUGACCUUGAUCAUUAUAAGGUUUUGGGGCUACCCUCAGGUGAGGAGGGGGCUAAGCUUACAGAGAAGGAGAUAUCAAAAGCUUAUAAGUUGAAGGCGUUGGACUUGCAUCCGGAUAAAAGACCAGAUGAUCCGAAUGCCAAUGAAAAUUUCCAAAAGCUUAAGCGUUCAUAUGAGAUUCUCAAAGAUGAGAAAGCACGAUCAUUAUUUGAUGAUUUGCUUCGAGUUAAGAGGGAGAGGCAUUUUCGCACAUCUCAAAAGGAUUCCAAGAGACAAAAGAUGGUUUCUGAUCUUGAAGAAAGAGAGCGGUCUGCCUUUUCACCAGACCCUGCUGCCAGGGCUCGGGAGGAAGAGGAUAGGAUUGUUAGGAAGCUUAAAGAAGAGAUAGCAAGAAUACGUGCAAUGCAUGCAAAUAAAGGAGCACCUGCAGCAUCAACUUUGAAGACAGAGACAGAAGGUGUGACAAAGGAGAGAGCGAGUAAUCCAGAUAGGGAGAAGAUGCUUAAGGUUUCUUGGGACAAAGGUGGUGAGGAUUAUACCUCAGAAAGGUUGAAAGAGUUGUUUUCAAGAUUUGGUGAGGUUGAGGAUGUGGUAAUCAGCAGUUCCAAGAAAAAGCGCUCUGCACUUGUUCAAAUGGCAACUAAAGAAGCAGCUGUUGCCGCAAUGGGAACUGUUUCUGGCUCUCUAUCUAAUCCUCUUCUAGUUGUACCUAUUAAACCGGCUACCACAACAGAGUUUCCAAGUGUGCAACAGCCUGUGGAAUCUGCUCGGCUAAAUAGUUUGGUGGGCACUGGUUACAAGGCAUAUGAGGAUUCCAUCUUAGAGAAACUCCAAAAGGCUGCAGCAGCAAAAAACCAAAAAUGACAUGCAACAGUGUUUUGAUAUUCAGUAUUGAAUUAAUGCUUGGAUCUUCCCCGGCCCCAACAUGAAGGUAUUAUGAUCCCACAUUCUCACUGUUUGCAUGAGCAUGGUGUUGUACUUCCAAGUUUUGAUUGCUCAAGUAGCCCCCCGUACUUGACCGUUUGAAACAUCCUUCAACCAAAGGGCAGUUUUGCGUCCAUUUAAAAAGUGUGUUGUGUGACAAGGAAGAGUUUUCUAUGUGUUUUAAGUAUGAUUCCUGGGGCCUGUUAGGGUUUAUAAGGUAUUUUCUCACAAAAUGUCUCUAGUAGAAACCAUUAUAAUUAAUGUUGAUUGAUUUAGGUCUUGUUAUUCGACUUACAGGGCCAGAUUAUUCAAUGGCCUUCCAGAUGGUUGCAUCAACGAAGUUUGCCGACUCCUUUCAAAAUAUGAAAUUAUUACGAGGCUACAUUUUUCUUUGUGUAGUUUGUGCAACUUAUUAUCACUGGGUGGGGUUGGCAAUUCUGAGACCAGGUUUUGGGUUAACUUUCAAUUGCAUCUAUUUUAGGAGAGUAACCCUCAGAGUUGUUGCCUUAUAUCAAAUGCCUGUAUCUUACUAUUCGAUAUUUCAUGAGUACACAAACUGAUACUUUGUUAGGUGUGGUACGUCACCACGUGAAUAAUGUUGUAGUGAGACGCAAAUGAUAUGUCUCAGUAAAUUACAAGAGAAAUAAUUUUAUAAUGACUUAGUGAAUUUUUGUAUAUUUUUCUUUAUUUUGUAUGUUAUAAUAAACCAUUUUAAUGGA